AUGGAAGACUGGAAAAGUAUUGUAACCACUUUGACACACGAUGAAGUCGUCGAAGUGACCAAAUCAUCUCUCUGCACCUUAAUAAGUACCGAUCCCGUGCUCAGCGAUUUGCCUUUAGAUGUCAUAACAGAGGAAAUAUUAUUACUGACUGCAGCGGAACACGGAAAGUGUAUUACAAUAUUCAUUCGUAGGGAGAAUGAACCCCCAUUGAGAGUCAUAGUGCCGCAAAGCGCUACAGUGAGGGCGUUGAAAAAAUCAAUUGCGCGUCAUUUCGAGCUCUCGCAGCAGCGAAACGGGCCUCAGGUGAAGAUCUCUUGGAAAUACAUUUGGAAGACUUACGACCUCUGUUUCGACGGAAUCACAUUAGACGACGAGAACGGUCCCAUCGACAGUUACGGAGUGAGUAAUAAGGAGAGCUUAACGUUCAAAAAGAGAAGUGGGAAAAAUAGAUAG